UAGUUCUUCUCGGAUUACAACACUCCAUACCCAUGUUACCUAUGCGACAAUGGAUCUGUGUGUAUGUGUUUGAUAUGGUCAAAUGUAGGCCCUGUAUGUUAAUUUACUCACCUACAGUUGGUAAUCCCAGACUAUGUGGUGUACAGAACAUUGUUUUAGCAGCAAAUUAGUCUGGUAAUCACACUGGAUAAUUUUUCUAUCGUAAAAUUUUAUGUUCUCAGAUGUUCCGUUUUUGGCUUGUUUAUUCGCUGAUAGGACCUCUGAUUGGCUGCUCCUCACAUAUCUCUCCUCCAAUCACAUUACUUAUUUCGUGUUAUGUAACAGUGCCAUGGAGCGGUGGGGCCAAAUGAACAGGUCGCGUCGCAGCCUGAUCUCUCUUUUCUACUGCACUGAGCCAGGGGUCUGCAGCAACGGUAGCCUGAGCCACGGGGAUGAAGAUCGCAGUAAUUGGUCAGAGCCUGUUUGGCCAAGAAGUGUACAAGGAGUUAAGGAAAGAAGGCCACACCAUUGUAGGGGUCUUCACUAUUCCUGAUAAUGACGGCAAAGCAGACCCCUUGGCGGUGGAAGCAGAGAAGGAUGGCGUGCCCGUGUUUAAAUUUCCUCGCUGGAGAGUGAAGGGUCAGGCCAUUCCAGAGGUGGUGAGUCAGUAUUCUGCCACAGGCGCUGAGCUCAACGUAUUGCCCUUCUGCUCCCAGUUCAUCCCCAUGGAAGUGAUCAACCACCCCAAACAUGGCUCCAUCAUCUACCACCCCUCUCUGCUGCCCCGCCACAGGGGAGCCUCAGCCAUCAACUG